AUGCCUGACGCGGCCCAGCAGCUGCUAAGUGCGCGGACAGCGCAGCGAAUUCAUGAGCAAGUGACUCGUGAGGUUUUUCGACUCGCUGGCCGUGAUCCCGAUCAUCACAUGGAAUGCUUCAAGGCUUGCUUAAAGACUAUCGAGGACACCAAAGUCGUCGAGGCAACUGACUAUGCUAUCUGGCAGAGCCAGGAGCCGAUCGCUAGUCCCCUGAGAGAAUUCUACAAUACCAACCGAACCACCAAGAGCGGCAACUUUUACAUGCUCCCAGCAACGACCGCCGUGGCUAUUGCUGCCAUUCUGAACCUGAAGCACGUCGUCAUCAACUCUAACGGCAACACCAAACACAUCGUCAGCUCUGUCUCCGAGACUGCUGUGUGGGCUUACCUUGGUAUUGCUAUCGAUGUAUGGCCUCAGACUAGUGAAUCUCAGUUCUUCAUCAAGAAGUCUGAUGAAGGUUCAAAGUCUCCAACAGUUGGAAGGUUCGCCCGCGGAAAGUUUGCAGUCACAACCAAUAUCCCUGGAGAAACUAUCACCUCUCUGAUGCUUCUUACUAUGGCGAGAUUCAAUGGCUGGAUCAAGUCAGUGCCGGGUGCCCCUUGUCUGAAGAAGGGGACUGUCGACGCGCCGCAGAUCAUCCACCGCCGUCAAGCACUGAGCCAAGGCAAGGAAAUCCUUGAGAAACUCGGAAAUCGAAAGUACAAGCAAAACGAUCCAGCUCUCAUCCGAGAGGUGAAGGCAUGGCUCUCGGAGCCCAUCAUCCUCGCGAAAUCAUGGUUGCCAAUCAUCAAGGACGCAGACACGGACUUAUCAGUUUACAAAUUCAUGGGCAAGACCGGUGCCACUCUUGCCUCCCUGGUGUCCGAUGAAAUCGACUACAUUCAACUGGCUCAACAGGUCAAUGAUUCAGAAUCAACUGCAGCUAAGCCCGGUUGCCAGUCGUUCCAGCAAGUUUUUGGACCUCCUUGGAACGAAUGUCUUCUCAACCAGGAAGCCGACGGUACCAAGAACAUUAUUGUUGGCGCUCUUCAGCGUCUCUUCGAUAAUAUUGCUUAUGUCGUUCCUCGAACGCACUCUUUGUACGGUGCUUUUCUUGACAUGGCUUCCAAGAUGGACAUUGCUGUCAUGUCUUCCCUCGACCUUGAUCUUGUCCGAGCCAAAGAUCGUCACCAGAAGCGGCUGAACAUCAACGACGAUCUGUUAUACCGCAACGAAAUCAUGACAAAUGUGGCCGAAGCAAUCGGAAGACUCGAGCGUGGGUCAGCAUCGCAGGAACGACUUCUACGUUCAAAGCUCUGCUCGAUCCUCGACGCAGCUGAUGCGCUGAUCCUGAAGGAGAACCUUCCGCGAGACAUCAGCAUCGUGAUCUCAGCCAACAACCAUGAGGAAUAA